AUGUCAUCUCUAGACCUAAAGACUCCUUUGAUAGCAAUGUGUCCUAAGAAAUUUAAAUUAUCCACUAAAUUAGUAACCUCCAUACGCUUUCAAAUUUCGGCAUUUUCUACUGGAUUAAGUUUACGGUCUGGGCAUAACCGCUGGUCAAAAAUCAAACAUGAUAAAGGCGCUGCGGAUGCCAAAAAGAAUCGGCUUCGAUCGUCACUCGCUCAUGAGCUAGCUCUUGCUUCUAGACUAUAUGGACCUGACCCAGCUAUGAACCCAAGACUUGCAACCUUAGUUGCCAACGCAAAGAAAGUUGGAUUUCCUAAGGCUUCUCUAGAAGUAGCCAUUGCUCGCGGACAGGGAAUAUCUGUAACAGGUACCACAUUGGAAAGUCUUACGAUAGAAGCCAUAAUGCCACCAACGAUUGCAUUAAUAAUUGACUGUGAAACUGAUAAUAAGGCCAAGGCGCUCAUGGACAUACGGUUCAAAAUAAAAUCCUACGGAGGCACUGCUACAUCAACCAACUACCUUUUUCAGAAAAAGGGAAGAAUAGUUUUCGAGAAUAAAGAAAAGGCUCUAGGAGUCGAUGACGUCUUAGAUCAUGCUAUAGAGGCUGGCGCAGAGGAUGUAGAGGUUGAUAACAAUCAAAAUAUUGUGAUAUGGACAAAUCCUAGUCAGACUAUUUCCACGGCUAAGGACUUACAAAAAACCCUAGCAUUGAAGCUGAUGAGUUCAGAAAUAAUUUGGGAUGCAAACAAGGAUACGUUGGUACCACUUACUGAUAUAGAUAUAAUGAAGUUGAACAGCCUAUUUGAUCUCGUGGAGGACCUUCAAAAGGUCAAUGAUGUUCAGGGUGUGUAUGCAAAUGUCACUCAGGGUAAUUUGUCUGAUGAAAGAUGGACUGAGUUAAAAGGUAAUUUAAACGCAUGA